GUGAACGUCUCCUCUGGCAAUCAGUUUGGGCUCGUCGGCGUCAGCGUGCACACAUCUCUGAAUAAGGACGACAAAACCCCACACAGCACAAUGAGUGGAGUAGGAAAAAAAGAGCCUCCUCCCUACCUGAUACCAGUCCAAGAACCGGGUAAAGGCGAUGUGGCCGUUUACCACACCCACAUGCCCUUCAACCCGAUGUCCGUCGACACCGCCUCCAACGCCGCGCCAGUGUAUUCCGGCGGCGGCGGUGGCGGAGGAGGUGGAGGAGGAGGAGGAGGAGGAGGAGUAGGAGGCGGAGGACAGGUUGCCGAUGAAGGCAAAAAGAGGUUUGUGAGCUACGACGGGGCGCUGGGCACCACCCCCGGCAUGACGACCUGCACCAGCUGCCAGCAGCAGGUCAUGACGGAGGUCACCUACAAGGCGGGCAGAUACGCCUGGCUCAUGUGCUUGCUCUUCAUCUGCUGCGGAUUGGUCUUGUGCUGCUGCCUGAUUCCCUUCUUCGUGAACCGAUUCAAGAACGCGUAUCACACAUGCCCUCGCUGCAACCGGGUGCUGCACGUUGAGAAGAGGAAAUGCUGUAAAUGAGGCCGCUGACGGAGGCCCCCGCGCAGCCGUAGGCACGAGGGUCACGAGACGCCUCGUGUGGUCUGAGCUCAAAAUACAGCUGUUUUUAUUGUUUUUAGUUCUAGCGAAUUAGAUUAACCUAUUUGUGCCCGAACGUAAGGCCACGUCCAGCAUGAUGAGGAUGACUCUGUUAGGUUUGGUUUACUCUUAUAAUAUAAUAUUGUACUGAAACACUUUGGGCAAGUUGCAACAGAAAACUUUUACUUUUUUUUUGGAGAGAUGACCGAUCAAAAGAAUGAGGACACAUCAACAUCGUGUUUGUUCAAAUGUUGUGUUUUUUUUUAAUACAAUGCAUAUUCGUGCACAUUUAUGGACUUGUUAUCAUUUGAUAGAUACAAACACUGCGCUCCUUGUCGUUUCUGUGGUGCAGACUUUGGGCACAUUGCUUUGUCCUGAAAUCCAAAGCAUUAUAUAUAUAUAUAUAUAUUCUUUUUUAGCAAAAACGUUUUGCUUAAACAAAACACAAAGACUACAGUUGUGGGCACAAGUGGGUGAAGCACACGCAACGCACUUUUUGGGAGUUUUCACCUUUCUUCGUUCCCCUCGUCGGAAACCUCUGCAAAACAUUGCGUCGCUAAAAUGAAGGUCUUUGUACAUAAACUUUAUGAAAUACGUUUCCCAGGAUCGUGCAUUUUUAGAAUUGAAACAAACCACAACCAUCCCGCCGAAGAGGCCUCCCGAGGGGGUGGGGGGGGGGGGGGGCGCUGGUCCACAGUCGGGGGUCCCAUCAAGGUCCAACGUCGAUCCAACGUCCUCGUCCAGGAGACGUGAGGAUCCCUCACAGACCAUCCUUCCAUUUCCUUUGUUAGAGCACGACAAACGUGCACUUGUUGUGAGUACAAACACGUUCAGUGGAAUUAAACAUGAAUGCUGCAACAUACAAAA